CGUUGUAGCAACCACGAGGCGUCGUCACGGAAACGUCUGUUCUGCUGGCGCAGAGCGCGGUUCUUUUGAUGGCAGUUGUUGAGUGGCGCAGUCAGAGGACGGUUCAAGCAGAAUGAAGCACAAUAUCAGCGUAAUAGUCGGUACGGGGCUCUCGGGAUUUAUAGUACUCGCAGCAGCCAUUGCUCUCGGGUGGUACGGAUUCCCUGCAUUAAUCGCACAUGAGAUAAAACACGGCGUGCUUUUGGUAAAUGGCACAGAAGCUUAUGAAAGAUGGCGGAAGUUUCCCCUGGCGAUACAGUUCAAGGUGUACUUAUUCAAUGUGACAAAUCCUGAGGAAGUGCAGAACGGAGCCAACCCAGUCGUCCAGGAGGUCGGACCCUACGUGUAUGAUCAGUACCGAGAGAAGUUCAACAUUACGGACGAAGGUGACUAUACUUUAUCGUACGUGCAAAACUCGACAUUUUAUUUCAACAAGGACAAGUCGGGAAAUCUCUCAGAAGAUGACGUAGUUACUGUACUGAACACAAUGAUUAUGGGGACGGCGCUGAAUGUGAGAAGAAAUUUUGGUCCCGACCUUUCAAUGGAUCCUUUCCUGAAAGAAAUAUCUCCUGUGUCAGAGAGUAUAUUUCUGACAGCCACUGUGAGGAAACUGUUUUGGGACGGCGUGACUGUCAUAAACUGUACAGGAGAUAAGCUUUCAUCUGAUGCAGAAAUGAUCUGCGGUGUCCUGACGCCCCAUCUGCCGGUUGUGGUGUCAGAGCACGAACCCGGAAUCUUCAAGAUGGCAUAUUUUAGACAUAAGAACGCCUCGAGCAAUGGUAGGAUCCGAGUCAACACCGGAAUUUCAGACAGCAGAGCCCUGGCCAGGAUAGAAGAAUGGAAUGGACAGCCUAAUUUGAUGACUUGGUCUGGCGAGUACUGCAAUUCUAUCAACGGAACUGAUUCAACCAUAUUCCCUCCCUUCUGGUCACCCAAGGACACGGUUGCCAUCUUUGAGGUUGAAUUAUGCAGGUCUCUGUAUGCCGAAUUUGACUCCGAACUGACAUGGAAGGGUGUACCAGUUUUUCGCUACAUAGGAAUUUUACACAACUUUGAAGACGCACAAGAUUUUCCGCCAAACAUUUGUUUCUGCGAACAAACUAACGACGUACCACCCAUCUGUCUUAAGUCGGGAGUUCUUGACCUCUACAGCUGUCUAGGUGUGUCCAUGAUUAUGUCGUUGCCCCAUUUGUACAACGCUUCCCCGGACUACCACAUGUACGUCCAGGGUUUGAAUCCAGACAAGAAGAAACACGAGACCGUAAUCGAUAUUGAACAAACAAACACGAGACCUAUAAUAAACACUAACCUAACUUUGUUUCCCAUUCAGGGAGCUGAACUCGAUGACAGGAAUUUAGCAAAAGUUCAGAGACUCUACACAGUAAUUCGCAUCUUCGCAGUCCUCAAGUGGCUCCUUAUUGCAGCUGGAGUUCUGCUGUUAUGUGUUUCCGUUUAUUUUUAUGUAUUCAAAAGAAACAGUGACACCAAAAUAACGCACAUGGGAGAUAAAAAUGAGGUUGUGUUCGCUUAUGACAAUAAGACUUACGUGCACGAACCUGAAGUUAAAAAUGACGCAUUGUCAAUGACAGCUAUAAGUGACAUAAUCCGUAAUGAACAAAUUAGCAUAAAAAAGAGGAAAAGUGACAGAUUUCCUGGGAGAUUAAACUCAGGGCCUGAACCUAAUAAAACAAAUGAAAAUGUUGGUCUUGGUGUAUCCAGAGACGUAAACAGCAGAUUGACACUCAGUAAUGUGUUCAUGUGACUUCGUUGUACUUCAUCGCAUUUCAGGAAACUUCUGGAAUUCUCAGUCUCAGAAACGACGCAUUGUCAGUGCUAUUGCUAACUUAAUUUGUUUGUCGGAAUGUCUUCAAGAGAGCAGCAUUGUGCAGUCAAAACACUGAAAUUUCAAGAGCCACUUGUUGUGAAUGAUUUCAUAUUAAAUCUCCUCGGACACACAAACGCUGUCAGCUGUGUUUGCCCUCAGAUUAUGUCGUCAAUAUUUUUUAAAACGUCCGGAGUUGUUUACAGACUUUUUAACAAGGUCGAUAUUGAUUUUAACUUUCUUCCUAUAUCUGUAUUUUAGAGGUAAUAAGAAAGUAAAAAGUAAAUAUUUGCGUAA